ACCAAGCUUUUCCGUUGACGGUGGAUUUAAAUGUUUCAAGAACAAGAAAAGAGACGCGAAGGUUUGUGGUCGUCAGGCAGGUCUCGCAAAGAUCCCAGCUAUGUCCUCCUCUAAGGAAGAUGCGUUAUCCCCUGACGAGCUGAGGAAAAGACUCUAUCAGACUUUUAAAAGUAAAGGAGUUCUUGAUACACUCAAGGCACAGCUGCGAAAUCAGCUCAUCCAGGAGUUAAAAUACCCAGCUUUGGCAGGCCAAGAACCAGUUCCCAGGGCAGCACAUGUGAAACAUGAACCCAUUUUAGUUUCAGCCUGUAACAGCAUAGUGGCAGAUCAUCUCCAGAACUCAGGGUAUGAGUACACACUUUCUGUGUUCUAUCCUGAAAGCGGCUUAUCUAAAGACAAGGUUUUUACAAAAGAAGACCUCCUUCAGCUUCUUAAAAUACGCCCUGAAUCAAACCUUUACAAGUCAUUGUCUUCAAAUAAAGAAAAACAUGAUAGGGGGUUCCUGAUCAGCCUUCUAACACAGCUAACAGAUCAUUAUACUCGGAACCUGUGCCAUGAUGCCGACACUCAGACAAGUUUAUCAAGUUAUGGAGAGUCUCUUGUAGAGAAGAUGAAAACAAUAGAUCGGGAAUACGAGGGUUUGGGGUACAAUGAGGACAAAGUGUUUCCAUUACAGUCAAAACUGUCUGCGUAUAGAAAAGACAUUGAAGUGCAGAUGGAAACAGAAAUGAACUUAAAGAUACAACAUUUUAAAGAAGUUGAAAUUGCCAAGGUGAGGAUGGAAGAAAAAUCCAAAUUUCAUAAAGAAUUUGAAAGGUUGAAGCAGGAGCUGGAGAGGACUUAUGAAAUGAAGACAAAGGCCCUGAUGGAGCGAGAGAAAAAUGCUAUUGAUCGGUUGCAAAAACAGCAAGAGAUUGAAGAAAAGAACUUAUACAUUGAGAGACAGUCAGUGCUGAAGGAAAUUGAAACACUACGUAGCAGAGAAAAUGAGCUGAGGAUGAGAACAGAAGCCUUUGAAAAGACUUGUCAAAUUCAUGAGGAGAAGAUCAAGACAGCUGAAGAGCUGCUGAGGAGGAGAGAACUGGCUGUGAAAACCAUGGAGGACACAUAUGACCAGAGGCUGAAGAAUGAACUUUCCAGGUAUCAGCUUGAGCUAAAGGAGGACUACAUCAAGAGAACAGAAAAGCUCACAGAAAGUGAGAACAGAAACAAAGUGGAAACUGUCCGUAUCCAAAAGGAGUCAGCUGCAAUUAAUGCCAAAUUGGAGGACCACAGUAGAACGUGCUCAGAGCUGAAGCGGCUGCAGAUCGAGUUAGACACAGCACAGCAGCAGAUUUCUCUGCUGACUCAACAGAAGGAGCUGUUAAGGGAAAGAAUGGAGAGCAUGAGUGACUACCCCCGCUUAGCAAAAGAGAAAGCAGAGCUGCAGGGGCAGCUGCAGCUGCUAAAGAAACAGCUGGAGGAGGCCCAAGAGGAGAAACGGCUUCUUCAUGCAGAUUUGGGCAAACCAUCCAAAGAGCAACUAGCCUUGCAGUUGGAGCUUCAGAGGCUACAGAGUGCUCGCAGAUUGGAUGCGGAAGAAUUUGACAACCAGCAACAGGUGCUGCAGGCACAGCUCCAGAGUGAGAUGGAGCAAUGUGCCCAGUUCAAAGCUCAGCUGAUAGAGUGUAAAGAGAAAUCCCAGUGGAUGGCUAACCAUGUUGAGGACAUUAAAAUGCAGCUUCACCAAACUCAGCAAGCUCUUGAAAAUGAAGUGCUGCGUAAUCCCAAACCAUCUCUUGUUGAUCGCUCUGUACUAGAGCUCGGCGCUGACAAGCUGGUUCCUCCUGACAUCUAUGUGGACAGAACUCUGCUGAGGGCCAGGGUGGGUUAUGAUGUUUGUGAAAUAGAUGGCAAUCUGGGAGGAAGCAAAUCGCCUUGGAGUGAUGUACCAGAUUCUGAUUUGGAGUUGGUAGCUGAAGCCAAGACUCGGAUCAAGGAGCUGCAGAGGGAGGCUGAGACUUUAGAGGAAGCUUACAGGAACUACCAGCAGAGGGCAGUGCGCUCCACCAUCUCACACAUGCUUCCCCCAAGACCUCUUUCCCCACAACAACCACAUCCUUCUCAUUCCCCUGACUCUCCUCUUAGAAAACAUGACCCUCUCCGUUCACACAGUCACUUAGCCAACAAAAAAAAGAUCUCACACAGACCUCUGUCUCCUCAGUCUAUCCAAUCCCUCUCCAAUGGCACCAGAAGGACUUUACCAUCUGCACAAUCAAGAGUUACCUUCUCAGAAGAUCAUAACCAGCCACAGGCCACAUGUUUUGUUGACCACAGUCUCUAUUCACUGACUGAGCCUUUGUUCCUAAAAAAUGGAAAUGCUCCAGAUGAAAGCUUGGCUCUAUCCAACCACCCAUCCCCUACAACACAAUCUUCCUUCAAGAAUAAUCUUCAAAGAGAGCUUACAGAAGGGCCAGUCGUGUCUGCAGUCCCACUUCCACAGCUGUCGUCUGACAGACAGCUCUCUCCUGCCCUCCACAAUGAGGUGGUGACCUCAGAGGACUUGUCCUCCGAGCUCAGUCCACCUCGCAGUCCUCAGCUCAGGAGCACAGCACGCGACCAUUCCAGUCCACCAAAGCUACAGCAAGUCUUCUCCAGCUCAGAGUCUUCCCCACAGCCUGAGAAGAUAAGCCUUGAAGAUCUCACUGGAGGAUUAUCAGAGCCCGGCCACAUUCCAGAGCUUCUCCUGGACACUGCUGUCCCUCUCUCUGAGGAGGCCCCUGCUGCCCCCCACCCACAAGACCUCCCAAAAGACCUAAUAGACUCACAGGGCCAAACGGAAGUCCCACAAAGUUUGGGUGAAUCUGAAAAGAAAGAAGAUGAAGAACAAAGGUGGGAAAGAGAGCGGAAAGAAAGAGAAGAAAAAAGACAAAGGGAGCAAGAAGAAGCCAGAGAGAGAGAGCUGCAAGAACUUGAGCGACUAGAGAAAGAGAUGCUUUUGCAAGAGGUGGAAAAUUCAAAACAGGAAGAAGAAGAAGAAGAAACCGGGGUUAAGAAAGGAGUAGAUGAAGAAAUCAGUGGAGAGAAAUAUAAUGAGUCUAAAAGUGAAAAUCCACUGGACAAAUACAUGAAGAUGGUCUUGGAAGCAAGAGAGAAGCAACAUGCACAGAGCUCUCGAAGAGAAGAGGCAGAAUAUGCAAGCCCAGAGGCCAAGAGUUUGUCUGAGGAUAAAGAAGACAGCAUUGCAGCAUAUUCACACAAGGAUGAAGAUGAUGAUUUUUGGUGAGAUGACCAUCAGUUUGUGGCAUCAUAAUCUGAAGUGUAUAAACCUCUUUUCUUGUUGACAUUUCAAGAAUUUGCUGAUCAGUUCCACGUUUUCUUUUUUGUAUGAAAUUCAAAUAAAUGCAUUUUUUAAAAUCUGUAUACCAAUAAAUUCUA